AUGCUAGACACAAAACUUGACAUUGGUACUGAGAUCUCGGGUGGCAGGUUUCUCGGUGAUCUAGGACCACCGAUUAGAAGGUACCCAUACAAGGGAGUAACACAGUUACUACACACUUUGAAGACCGAGAAAUGUCGCCAGCAAGAGGAUGUUGACGUUAGUGACUGGGUGAUCUUCACGAAGGUUAAUAGCCAAGCCUUCACUCGCGAUUUCCUUAACUCGGAAAGCAUGGAGCGACGCUGGAAUUCUUAUGACUCUCUUGAAAACCUCAUCCUCGUCAAGGUGCUAGCUUCCCACCCGCAUGAAGCCGCCGCUCGGCAAUUUGAAAGACUCUUGUUCCAGUCUCUUCUGCCGAUGGGCCUCGACAACUCUCUUCGAACCCUUGGAUCCGCCACUUGCAUUGCAGAAAACGGCUCCGCUAAACAGCCCGACUGCCAAUAUUUGCCACGGAGACUCCCUAAAGCUCGAACAGAUAAAUGGUCCUCGCUUGUGGUAGAAUCUGACUUGUCGGAAUCGCCUUCUAAGUUAAUGUCCGAUGCGCGGUUCUGGCUUACGGAAUCUAGCGGGGAAGUUCAAAUGGUUAUCACGAUCAUGAUCGGUCGGAGCACGCCAGAGAUCGUCCUGGAGUCGUGGGAACAUGACAAUGAUAGUGCCAAACGCACACAAGUGGUUAUAAUCGGCAAAGGGGAGAACAAUCAUCUCUACCUCAGGGGCCAGCCACUUAUUAUUGGAUUCGACAAGCUCUUUCUUCGCCCGCCUAGUACCUCGAAAGAAACGGAUAUAAUAUUUGACGACGACAUUCUGAAACAAAUGGGCACGCUGGUUUGGGUAGAGCAGGAAUUCUAA